UUGCGCUACGUCAGCACUCAGACCGAAACAUGGCGGUGCCCAUAGCAAAGUGCCUGUCUGCUCAUGUCUAUUUAUUACUAAUAUCACUAAUAUUUCACUUCGUUUUCGCCGACAACACCGCCGGGGACACGCCGCAUCGGCGCUUCGAGUAUAAAUACAGUUUCAAAGGGCCGCACCUGACACAGAGUGAUGGACGAAUCCCAUUCUGGGUUCAUACUGGGAAUGCCAUUCCAAGCGCGGAUCAAGUUCGCAUCACUCCUUCUCUGCGGAGCCAGAAGGGUUCGGUGUGGACAAAAUCCCCUGUGAGUUUGCAAAACUGGGAAGCUGAAGUGGCAUUCCGGGUGUCCGGACGAGGCCGGAUGGGAGCAGAUGGAUUGGCCAUAUGGUUCACAGCCAGUCAAGGUCUAGAGGGUCCUGUAUAUGGGGCCGCUGAUCAGUGGAACGGUGUGGGAAUAUUCUUUGACUCAUUUGAUAAUGAUGGAAAGAAAAAUAACCCUGCUGUCUUAGUCGUGGGUAACAAUGGAAAACUUGCUUAUGACCAUCAAAAUGAUGGCUCGACUCAGUCUCUGGGUACAUGUCUUAGAGACUUCAGAAACAAACCCUACCCUGUACGAACAAAAAUCAUCUACUACAAGCAAACUUUAUCGGUGUUCAUCAAUAACGGUUUCACUCCUGAUAAAGAAGACUAUGAGUUUUGCACCAAAGUUGAAAACAUGAUAAUUCCAGAAACCGGAUAUUUUGGCAUCUCUGCAGCCACAGGAGGACUUGCAGAUGACCAUGAUGUGCUGUCGUUUUUGCUGUUCAGACUCACCGAGCCCGGGCAGAAUCUGCCACCCCCAGAAAAAGAGAUUCCCAAAGAGGAGAAGGACAAGUACCAGGAAGAAUUUGAGAAUUUCCAACAAGAGCUCGACAAAAGGAAAGAGGAAUUUCAGAGAGAGCACCCUGACGUCCAGGGGCAGCCCAUUGAGGACCUGUAUGAAACCGUGAAUGAUCGGGAGAUCCGUCAGGUGUUUGAAGGUCAGAAUCGGAUCCACCUGGAAAUCAAGCAGUUGAACCGGCAGCUGGCCAUGAUUCUGGAUGAACAACGGCGAUACGUGUCGGUCCUCACAGAGGAGAUCCAGAAACGCGGGUCACAAGCACAGUCAGGACAGGCUCCCAGCCAUGACAUGGACACUGUUAUAAACACACAACAAGAGGUUUUGAGGAGUCUUACUGAAAUAAAGAACUCACUGUCAGGUUCACUGCAGCAGUUAGCAGUGGGUCAGCAGCAGGGUCACGCCGGCGGGAUCGGCUCGUACGAGACGGUCCAGCACUUCAAUGACAUCAAGGAGCAUUUGCAUGUGGUCAAGAGGAACAUCGACCACAUCAUACAGAAAAAUGUGAAUCCUGCAGAGAAGGUGAAAUGUCCUGAACUUCCUCCGUUACCCAGCUGCCUGUCCUUCACACACUUUCUUAUGUUCAUCGUCAUUCAGUCCCUCCUCUUCUUCGGCUACGUUAUGUACAAGAGUCAUCAGGAAGCAGCGGCUAAGAAGUUUUUUUGAUGACGUGUACCUCUCGGUAAACACAGCACAACGUGUAAAUGAGCAAUUGUCCAUUAAGUUUCAUUUCCAGUUUGUUUGUUUUCUCAAACUGUAAAUUCUUGUACUUGAAAACCGAAGUAUUUGAUUUUUCUGUUUUUAUUUUAACUUGUGGUCUUUAAUUUGAUCAAUGCUGUACAGGAAUUGAAUGACUGGGAUUUUUUUCUCCAAGUGUGUGUGACGAUUUUGACUGAAGAUCUCUGAAUAUGAUGUAAUAUAUUCUUUAGAACACUGCCGUUAUAUUUACUUUGGAAUAUCGGUCCAGGAAACACUCACUGUGCGACGAGCGUUCUGAACUGUGGUAAAAGUUGCAAUUGGAUAAAGUAUUUUAUUACAUUUCCUCUGGUGUAACCUUUACAAAAAGGCUGUUUUUUUCUCCAAACGUGUUAGAGCCUGGUUGUACUGGUGCCAGCGAGCGUGCAAAGGUUGUGAUUGUGUAAUUUGAAUCUUGAAAACAUUGAAAAAUGUUUUUCUUCUCAAACAAUUUACAUAAAAGACGAAUCGAAUCAC